AUGGUACAGCAGGUAAAACACGUUGACAUUACGCGUGGAACUUCGCCCCCCGGGAGGAUAACUCGAAGGACUUUCGAAUCAGCUGUGCAAGAGAAUGUCAGCAUUAAUGGGCAAGCAUGGCAGGAAGCUUCAGACAGUUGCUUUAUGGAUUCUGAUAUCAAAGUCCUUGAAGACCAGUUUGAUGAAAUCAUAGUUGAUUUAGCCACAAGACAUAAGCAGUAUCCCAGAAAGAUCCUUGAAUAUGUCAUCAAAAUCAUAAAGGCACAACAAGAGAUUCUGAAGCAGUACCACCCUGUUGUACAUCUGUUGGACCUAAAAUAUGACCCUGAUCCAGCCCCUUGGUUGGAAAACUUGAGAUGCAGAGGAGAAACAGUAGCUAAGGAAAUCAGUGAAGCCAUGAAGUCCUUACCUGCAUUAAUUGAACAAGGAGAUGGGUUUUCCCAAGUGUUAAAGAUGCAGCCUGUUAUCCAGCUCCAGAGAGUCCACCAGGAAGUCUUUUCCAGCUGCUGUAGGAAACCAGAUGGUAAAGCCGAGAGCUUUAUAGCACAGAUAGAAGCCACACCAGCAGAGACUUCUACUAGGACGACUACUGACUUGGUACUGAGAAGAAAGCGAACUAAAGACUGCCCCCAGAGGAAAUGGUAUCCGUUGCAGCCAAAGAGAAUUGAUCUUGAUACAUAAGCCCUUUUUGUUCAUUUUAAGAGGUGAAAUUAGGCACUGUCAACAUUUAGAUUACAGCCUAAUGCCUGGACAGGACUUUGUUUAAAACAGCAGAUAACUAGUGAUUCCUUAAUACAAGUAUAGUAAUGCUAUGUUGGGGUGUGAUGUAAUAUUUUCAUCUGUAGUCCAUGAAAAGCAUAUUGUUUGAAUAUUGACACAAAGCCUGUCCACAGUCAUUAAGAGUACAGAGUUUUAUUGUCCUUAAAUACCAUCAACACUUGGCUGCCUUACAGCUUUUGUGGAAUUUCAGAAGUAACAUAUCCCACUGCAUUUCCCAGAUAUACAUCUUUGUUUAAAAAAGAGCUGUAACAGUUUAUUUAAGGGCUGAAAGUCAUCAUUUCUGCACAGUAGCAGAUACAGUUGUUUUCUUGGGUACCUCCCCCAAGGCAGUUUGAUUUAUCAAAUUAACAUGCAGAUGACAAG